AUGGCGAGUUAUUUUGAUAUGAACGAAUUCAGCGUAGAACAGCUUAUGGCUCUCAACAGUAUCAUAGAUAGUGACAACGAGAUCGAUGAAAGAGUAGAGGCCAUCAUGGCCGACAGAAACUACAGGAUUGUACCUGAUGAUAAGGGCAAAGAUCCCUUUGAAGGAGAAAGACAAUUCAUAGAUGAAGUUGACCGUGAUAUGGAGGUAAAGAAACCAAGACGUCUUCCUUUGAACUAUAAGGGUAGAAGAGGAAUUAUGCCAACGUGGAAGUACUCUGAGAGGCAAAAGGCAAAGGCCCUACUUGUAGAGGAGGCAUACCAAAGUUUACUAUCAAAGGGCGUUCAGGGAUUACCACCAACAAUGGGAGGUAGAUGGCGCGCAGAUGAUCCUCAAGUAAACGAGGAAAUCAAGAGGAUUGAAAAUCAAAGGAAUCCCAAGACUAAGCGUCCCAGAGGUAGACCACCAAAGGCAAAAACCGACCCCGAAGUUAAGGUUCCCAAAAAGAGAGGUAGACCACCAAAGGUAAAGUCCGAUGCUGAAGUGAAGAUUCCUAAGAAGAGAGGUAGACCACCAAAGGCAAAGUCUGAUGCUGAUCGAAGUGAAGGUUCCCAAAAAGAGAGGUAGACCACCAAAGGCAAAGUCUGAUGCUAAGGUUAAAAGGCAAACUGUAGCUGAAAGAUUCCUGAGCCAAAGGAAGGUAAAACUCUCAGUGCCUGCCGAUAGUGUCAUAACCCCAAUAGGUCCAGGUAAGUUCACAAUUCACGUGGAUCUUAAUAAGAGACCUGUGAGGAAAGCUCCUGAGGUGCCUAAGGGUGUAGCUCCAUGGAGACCGAUACCUAAGCCUAGAACGGUACUUCCUAGGGAAAGACCUGUACCACUAUUAAAGUAGUGUCUCCCCCUAAGUUACGUAAGCCUGUAAGAGUGUCGAGGGAAGUUAAGGAGCAGCCUAUAGUGGUUACACCAGAGGAACACGAAAUCGAUCCAUUUGGAACAUACCUUGAAAAGCCAUUCCAUAGGAAAAUCGAAACAGCCGCAAAUGGAGCCGCUGUGACUUACUCGAUAACUCCUCAUUAUAUGGACCCUCUGGACCAGAUGACUGCAAGUAGACAGGUAGUGAGAGGAAUACUUGUUAACGAGUUGAAGAGAAUGGGUGGGUUGAAGUACACAGAGACUCUGAAGGUGAGAAUGUCAAAGGAAAUUGGUGACGGGAAAACCAAGAAGGACUCGGUCUACUUCAAAUCUAAGACUGGUACUGCAACUAACUUCGAGGACAUUGAAAGUACUGCUCCUCAAAACCAACUGACAAUAUUGUCCAGAAUUGAAACCUUCCAAAACUUAGGUUCAAACUGGAUUAUACUCAAUAUUGAGAGUCAUUACGUAAACAUCGCAAUGUACAAACCAUUAAAGGGUAGUUCAUAUAUGAAACUUCCAGGGGACAUUAGUAAUCCAAACUGUGGGCUCAUCAAUAUGAAGAACAAUGACAACAUGUGUUUCCUGUGGAGUCAUGUGAGACAUCUGAAUCCUAAGGCUAGGAGGGCAACCACUAUCACACAGAAAGACAGGGAAUUCAUAACGAACCUGGAUUACAAGGGUAUAGACUUCCCCGUGAAGAUAAGUGACAUCGAUAAAAUUGAGAGGAAAAAUAGUAUCAACAUAUCGGUGUUCGGUUACAAGGGUAAGAAACAGUUCUACCCCAUAAGGAACUCAAAGGCUAAACAUGAUGAGCAUAUGGAGCUUCUACUCCUAGGUGAUAGUGAAGGUAACAGCCAUUAUGUGCUCAUAAAGGAUGUAAACAGGAUGCUCUUCAGUGUAAGUAAACAUACAAAUAAGAAGCACUUCUGUCUACACUGUCUUCAUAGUUGUGUGAGUGAAGAGGUACUGGAGAAGCAUAAGGAAACAUGUCUGGAGGUAAAUGGAACUCAGGCCGUAAAUCUUCCCAAGGAAGGGACAAAAAUCAAGUUCAAAAAUCACAGGAACUCAAUGCCUGUGCCGUUUGUGAUAUACGCUGAUUUUGAGUCUAUACUGGUGCCCGAGGAGAGAAAGGUGGAGUCAGAAAACCCUGAGGACAAAAGUAGUACAGACCUUUACCAGACACACAAGGCUUGUAGUUUUGGUUUGAAUACUGUCUGCCAUUAUGAUGACAAGUACUCUGGUGAGUAUAAGAGUUACGUUGGAGAGGACGCUGCACUGGUAUUCCAGAAGACUGUAUUGAAAGAGUCCUUCAGAUGUAGAGAGAUGGUCAACAAUAUAUACAAGAAAAAGAUGAUAAUUACACCUAAACAAGAAGCUGAGUUCUGGAUGGUAAGAAACUGUUCAAUAUGUGGUAAUGAUCUUGGUGAGGACAGAGUAAGAGACCAUGACCAUGUAACAGGAAUGUACCGUGGAGCUGCUCAUAAUAUAUGCAAUCUAAAGUACAGAAUUACAUGGAAAGUGCCUGUGGUCUUCCACAACCUGAGAGGUUACGACAGCCAUCUGAUUAUGCAGGAAAUUGGUAAGUUUAAGAUGAACAUCAACGUGGUUCCAAAUAAUAUGGAAAAAUACAUCUCAUUCUCACUGGGUAAAAAUCUGGUCUUCAUAGACUCUAUACAGUUCAUGGCUUCUUCACUGGAAGCGCUGGUAAGUAACCUUUCACCUGAGGACUUCAGAAUAGUAGGUAAGAGGUGGAAGGGUGAGGACUUCAAUCUAGUAACACAAAAAGGAGUGUUUCCAUAUGAGUUCCUCGAUAACAUUAGCAAACUCAAUACAGAAGGUCCUCCGAGUAGGGAUAAGUUCUACUCUUCACUGUAUGAGUCAGAGGUGAAGGAAGAAGAUUACCAGAGAGCUCAAAAAGUAUGGGAUCACUUCACGAUGAAAACCAUGAGAGACUACCACGAUCUCUACUUGGAGACUGACGUUUUUCUACUAGCUGAUGUGUUUGAAAACUUCAGGAGAACAAGUCUGGAAAGUUAUAAACUUGACCCCGCACAUUACAUGUCAGCACCUGGUCUAAGCUGGGACGCUUUCCUGAAAAAGUCAGGUGAAGAAAUAGAACUUGUAAGUGAUAUGGAUAUGUUUCAGUUCUUCGAGAAGGGUAUGAGAGGUGGUACAAGUUAUAUUGCUCAUAGACACUCCACAGCUAAUAAUAAGUACAUGGAGACGUAUGACGAGUCGUCUGAGAACAAGUACUUGAUGUACCUCGAUGCUAAUAAUUUAUAUGGCUGGGCAAUGUCACAAUCACUCCCAAAUGGAGAGUUUGAGUUGGUUGAGGAAUUCGAUGGUAUGAAUCUAGACGACUACCUUGAGGACAGCGAAAGAUGUAUGAUUUUAGAGGUUGACCUAGACUAUCCAGAAAAACUUCACAAUCUACAUAACGGUUAUCCUUUAGCACCAGAGAGUAAGGAAAUUGAUUCUUCCAUGUUGUCAGAUUAUGCUAAAAGUAUUGCUGAGAAAUUCCAGCUGAAAAUUGGAGGUGUAAAGAAACUUGUAACUUCACUAGGUCCAAAGAAGAACUACGUCUUACAUGUACGUAAUCUGAAACUGUACACAGACCUUGGGAUGAAACUCACGAAGGUCCAUAGAGCGGUUACGUUCAAGCAGUCUCCCUGGCUUAAGGACUAUAUAGACUUCAAUACGAAGAAAAGGUCUGCAGCCCGUAACACGUUCGAAAAGAACUUCUUCAAGUUGAUGAACAAUUCGAUUUAUGGAAAGACUAUGGAGAAUCUUAAGAAAAGGGUUGAUGUGAAAUUAGUGUCCUCCAAAGACUACCUCCUGAAACUGACAGCGUCACCGUGCUUCCAGUCACAUCGAAUCAUGAAUGAGAAUCUUGUAGUGGUAAAGAGGAUGAAAGAAGUUCUAACGCUAAAUAAACCGUGUUACGUAGGAAUGAGCAUCUUAGACUUAUCCAAGACCUUAAGUACGAUUUCCACUACAACACCAUCAAGAGGGAGUACGGUAACAGCUCAAGGCUACUGUUCACUGAUACUGAUAGUCUGAUGUAUGAACUGAAGACGGAUGAUGUUUAUGAGAACUUUAAAAGAAUUGGUGAAGAGCAAAACUGUUGGGAUAAUUAG